AUGCAGGCUGAACUCAAGCAAGAAAUCGAAGCCAAAACACGGGCUGUUAAUCGAGCUCUGGAUGAAUGGAAGGAAAACGGGGGCAGUCGGGGAGAUGUGGACAGAUCUUUGGUUGAGCUGUUUAAUGUUGGUCGGCCAACGAAUAAUCGCCACAUUGUUAAAUAUUUCGCUAGCCUACUUCGCCCCAAUGAUGCAGAUGAUCUGUCGCCAUCUCCAUCGAUGCCCUCGACUAGUUACCAUAAUGAGUUUAUGCCGUCGCCCGAACGCUCAUCGUCUAUGGUGAGGGAUGGCGUGAAGGACACUACCGCGGUCACUGAGAGCUCUCGAUUGAAUAGUCUUCAGCCGAGCCCCGCGGAAACAGAUGUCCUCAACAUGACUAUUUCACCUUGCCACCUUGCGGCUAUCUUUCCAGAAGACUUUUUCGGAGGAAUGCCAAAUAAUGAUCUAGACCUGGUGCCUCAAGGGUUCGUGCCUCAGGGGCUUCAAUUCCAGGAUCUCGGGACAAUGAUGGAUACUGCUGAGAGUAUGGGGGCGAACACGGGCCUGAACACAUUCGUGCCAGAGGAUGAUCAUUUGUUCGUGCCACAAUUGACUCCCCAGUCAGGUUUGAAUAUGAACUUGGACUUACAUUCGCACGCCUCACCCGGUUCGUGGGAGGAAUGGUUGGCCGGGUCCAAUACCAUGACCCGUCCUGAGAUGCCUACAGGCUUGGAGACUCCUGUUGCUAGCGUGAACAAUACCCAUUCCCAAGGCUUGAAUGGGCCGACAUCUGCCACGCGUGAUUUGCGUGAUGGUAGCGAAGUUAGGGAGCUUUCUGCUGAUCUGUCUACUUCCGGUCCUUCAACCUCAACCAGGCUUGCCGCGUACCUGGAUGACAUUGCCUUAGACCUACAGAAUGGGGUUGCUCGGUCCCAGACACUGAAUCAGAUCUCUCCUUCGGAUAUAUUCAAAACCACAUGGUCCACCUUCGACGGAGGAUUCAUUCAAACUCUCCUCCGAGAGCUAAUAUGCUCUGACAAGGCGGUCGGGGCAGCGACAGUGAACUACUUCGCACGCAAGCUAACAGCGGUACAAACCACUCCUGAAACAUGGACUGGGAGAUGGGUAGAGCUUAAAGAGUUGCGACAGUGCCCACAGCGCUUAUUGGUGAUGGUUGACGAUCCUGACUACUCACUUGUGGAGAUUCAGUGCCAGGCAGACAGUUUGACUCAUUAUAUAGGCGGCAGCGCUACAUCCCCAGAAGAUAACGAUCACUGUGGGAUUUGCCAUAAAAUUGAGGAGCACGUAACUCAGCUACUGUAUCUGGAAAGGAGGAGAACCCCGCAAUGGAAUAUUCAGCAUCAAGCAAUACCGGCGGAAUUGGCUGACGGGUCCUGGCUACUCUGGGUCACCCGCCGGCGAACGAAGUGGAUGGAUGCCCAGGACCCUGUGCCUGCCGAUUACCGGUUGAGACUCGCCGGCGAGGUACUGCAUGAUUUCAAGGCAGCUCAGAGCAGCAAUGGCCUCCUUCGACUUGGCAUGCCUGGGAAUUUGCCAACUCCUGAUGGUACCACCGGAUCCCUUGAGACGUUCUGGAAAGACUUCGGUGAACAUCAUGGCUUUCGCACCACAGUGUGGGAUACGGUCAGAGAGAUUGCAGCACGCAAGGACAGUAAUCAGAUGCCCAUUGGCAUGGACCGUGCGAGUGAGUUGAUGCAACUUGCUAUGAACAUCGGCUCACCUGAUGUCCUGAUUUCACUUCAAGACUGCUUACGCCACAUAAGGCAACAGCUUGCAUCAAGAUGCCCCGACCUUUCCGAGACACCUUGGGGCACAUUUGAUGCCUACUGCUUGCAUCAAAAGAGCCAGACACUUUCUACCAUUGGUCUUCGCCUGGCUAGCUGGAAGCUACAAAAGUUGAAAAAAGACCACUCUGGCAGUAAUGAAAUCGUCGCAGACCUGAUCCUUAGCGAGAAACCGCUGCAUAGGUCCGUCAGCCGCGAGGAAAUCUUGAGUAUCCUGAAAGACAAGAAGGCUAUCUACUGGUGCCAUCUUGUCGAGCACGUCGGAAACAAUGAUCCGAACAUCUUAUGUCUUCUUCCGCGUGUCGUCAACAUCGGACCACCUCGUUGGCAUCGAAAGUUGAACGCUACUUCUUACCGAGAUCUUUCGUUACGAGAAUGUAAGAUCUUAGGAGAGCUGUACACUGAUCUUCGGUCCGACGUGCUACGUACUGCAUGUGACGAACUUUCCACUGAUCUGCUAUAUAUAAAAGACCCAGGGGCCUUCUAUCGCGUUGAAAAAUUAUCGCCUGAGCAGAUAUCAAGAGAGCCGCUUACGUCCGACUUUUAUAUUGGCAUCUUGCAAAAGGUCCCGGGCUGA